AUGAAGAAUAGGUCCAGCAGUGAGAUCAGGUGGGGUGACUAUAACUAUGAUCUGCCCGAGUGUGGAGAAAACAUCUGCUCCUAUUUCACUGUAGCUACUCUGAUCCCAGUGACCGCUGUCUCCCUUGUUCUAAUGAUUGUUGGACUACUUGGUAACGCCAUCACUAUCCUCAUCAUCAGAAGAUAUAAAGAGAUGAAGACAACCACUAACUUCUACCUGUCCAGCAUGGCUUUGUCUGACCUGGUCAUCCUGCUCUGCAUGCCCUUUGACUUGUAUCGCUUAUGGAGAUCUACACCUUGGAUAUUUGGAAGCUUCCUUUGCAAAUUUCACACUUACAUAGGGGAAGGAUGCACUUAUUCUACUAUACUGCACAUCACAGCUCUGAGCAUUGAGAGGUAUUUAGCAAUCUGCUUCCCUCUACAAGCAAAGGUGUUUAUUACUAAGGCACGGGUGAAGUUUGUCAUCAUCUUGCUAUGGGCUAUAGCUUUGCUGUCUGCAGGUCCAUUUUAUGUUUUGUCCGAGGUUCACCAGCCCUAUAAUAACACCAAUUACUCUAAAACUCUCUUGGAAUGUAGAUAUACCAGUUAUGCCCUGGAAUCUGGUCUCCUCAAUGUCAUGUACUGGGUGACUACUGUGUACUUUGUUAUCCCCAUGUUCUGUCUGAGCUUCCUCUAUGGUUUCAUUGGGAGGAAGCUGUGGAAAAACAAGGAUAAAGUGAGGGGUCCAAACACAGCUAACAGAGAGAAGUGCCACAAGCAAACGGUUAGGAUUCUGGUGCUGGUCGUUUUGGCUUUCAUUAUCUGCUGGCUUCCUUUUCACACUGGAAGGAUCAUUUUUGUGAAUUCAGAUAUCAAGAUGGUAAAAGUUUCACAGUAUUUCAAUGUGGUUGCCAUGCUGCUUUUUUACCUGAGUGCAUCCAUUAACCCGAUCCUCUACAAUCUCAUCUCCAAGAAAUAUCGAACCGCUGCCUACAAACUUCUUAGACAAAGGCCUGAUGAAAAGGCCUGUAACAUUAUCAAGGAAAAUACUGGAGGCGCCACCGAGAUCAGUGCAUUUAUCCAAAAUGAAUCCAUCACUCUGAACUGA